GAGUUUUUCUAUGCGAUGUCUGUUUAUAAACUGUUAUUUUCUGGUCAACGGGACUUGUACAAGUUUAGCGAAUUUUAUUCGGGUCGUUUCGUAAAUUAUUCUUUUUAACACAUAAACACGCACUGAAAAUCAUGACCGAUCGGAGAUCGUCGACGGGGUCUCACGCGGACGACCCUCCGCUAUCCAGAUUGUUUAUACUGGGCCCCAAAACGCUCGCGGAAGAGGACUAUCGGAGGGCAUUCAACUCUUUCGGCACAAUUGAGGAAAUCUGGAUCGUGAAAGACAAGGUGACGAGAGAAAACAAGGGCGUAACCUAUGUAAAAUUUUCGAAAACCUCCGAUGCUGCCCGGGCGUUGGAAACCCUGAACGGGACGUCGCUCGUGCCGGGGACUAGGAAAGUCAAAAUAUUUAUAGCAUCCAGCCGCGAUAAGGGGUCCUCUAGGGACAACAACGAGGAGGAAAAACAGCUGAGGUUGUUUGUAAUGGUGCCACGUAUGAUGACCGACGAUCAGUUGUACGAUUACUUCAAACAGUUUGGCGAUGUCGAAUAUGCGACGGUUAUAUUAGAUCGAAACACUAGGGAAAGUAAAGGGAUCGCCUACGUGAAAUUUCACAAGUUUUCAGACGCAGCGAGGGCCUACGAGCAGUGCGAUCGCAAAUAUAAACCGGUAUUUGCGGAGCCCAAGAAACCGGAACACAUUAGACGUGGCGGCAAUGCGGAUCACAUGUCGGUGGCCGCGGCCGGGAGAGGCGGUGUCCCUGCCCCAUUAAACUUGCCGUUCCCUCCUAAUUUGCCUUUGGGCGGCGGAGGAUUCGUUAAACUCACGGUUAUCGCCAAUCCAAUGGUUACGGAAGAUCAGUUGUGGAAACUCUUCGACAUAGUUCCAGGCAUGGACUAUUGCCAGUUGAAUUACGAGGGUGGGGGGAUGGAAAGGUCGGCGAGGGCGGUAGCCGAGGUGGUCUACACGCACCCCCAGUGGGCGGCGCAUGCCAAAGAAAAACUACACGGUUUCGAAUACCCUCCGGGCUCGCGUCUUAUAGUUAGACCGGUCGCUGAGGGGAUAGGCGACUGUAGGGGCGAUCGCCAGGCUCCGCCCCCUCGUGACGUGAACAAUAUCGCACACGCGAUCGCGCAGGCGUCGUCCCUCAUACGCGCCGCCGGUCUGGAUCCUUCCGUCCUGAACAAUUUGGCAAACGCGCCGAAACAAGGCGACUCGAUCGACAGUUGUAGCGUCAAUCUGCCCUCGCCGAAGCCACUGGCGUCAAUCGACGCGGAAAUGGUCGAAAGGUGUUUCGUGAUCUGCUCGCCGACAGCGCUGUCGAACGCUCAGCUGCGCGAUCUGUUCAGUCGGUUCGGUAACCUGAUCGACGCCUAUUUCCUGGCGAAUCGGAACUGCGGCUAUGCCAAGUUCGCGGACAGGAAGUCGGCCGAGGACGCGAUCGAUUUAUUGCACGGCGCCGAAGUGAACGGGAUCCGAAUCAAGGUGAUCAAGGCGGAGGAGCAGCGGAAACGACCGCGCACCGACGACACGUGGUAGUCGUGGAGGAGGAGUGCCGACGACCAACUUAUAAUGACAAGGACCUAUAAAUAGACACACAGAACACAGAAGGAAAACAACACGUAAAACUGAGGACCUCUUACGUGACACUACAACUUACUUUACUACGGCGACUGUUACCGCGUUAUUUAUUUGGUGCGUCUCGUAGACGGGCGUAGCCUAACAGUUUUAGGGAUGUGUCUAUUAUGAACCGAUAAGAAGUCCCUUUUUUUAUUUUCUUAACCUAAAAUUAACAAUAAAGCCGCGGUCUACAACGGAGUGUUUUUCUUUUCA